AUGAGAGCCUCAAACAAUCAAGAACCAUGGGGCCUGAAAUGGCGAUCAUCCACUUAUUUCAUCGUUGCGACGAUGGCAGUGGCCAUGCUCACUGACAUGUAUCUGUAUGGAUUUCUCGUUCCAAUUCUUCCGUUCGUGCUCGAGCAUCGACUGGGACUUGAUGUCGCGCUCACACAGCGCAUAAGCACAGCGCUGCUAUCGCAGACCGCGCUCGUCAUGGUCGUGGCAAGUCCCCUGAUCGGGUCUCAUGCUGAUCGCUCGGGCGCGAAACGUGGCUGGCUGCUGUUCGGACUUGCGGGCGCAUUACUGGGUUCUUUGAUAAUCGCUGUAGCGACUUCUGCAGUGUUCACUCUCUUUACCGGUCGGCUUAUCCAGUCCGUUGCAAGCACCGGUCUCUGGGUGGUCGGCUUUGCUACACUGGCGGAUAACGUUCCAGCCGACCAGCUGGGCAAGAUGUAUGGAUUCGUGACUGUUGCCAUUGGCGUAGGAACAUCGGGCGGACCACUCGUGGCUGGUGUUUUGUUCGAUAUCGGCGGGUAUUGGGUAGCUUGGUCGAGUGUUCUUUUCAUUAUUGUUUUCGAUGUGAUUCUGCGAUGUCUGAUGUUAGAGCGAUCGCGUCAUACCGAACCUGUUUGCGACCGGGAACAAAAUCCCGAGACAGAGGUACUUUUGCCACGGUCGCAUGAUGCUGAACAGGUGAGCAGUCCGGAGAAAACGGGGAUACAAUUUUAUCUAUGCAUGUGUAAGAAUGGUCGGUUUGUUGGUGGGGUGGUUAGUUAUUUCUGCUAUGCCGUUUUGACUGCCAGUUUCGACACGACGCUUCCCCUCCAUGUGCGCGAUGCUUUUCAUUGGGGGAGUCUCCCCGCGGGUUUGUUAUUCGCCGCUUUUCAGGGCCCCGCGGUGUUCUUUAGCGUUCCUGUCGGAUGGCUGAAGGAUCGGGUGGGGACGCGAUACCCGACCACGAUAGGCUUUGCUCUUCUGGUACCUUUAAUGUGGCUUAUUGGUGUUCCUGGGGAUGAACGGUUUCCAUGGGCUUGCCAAGAGAAUGUUGGAUGGAUUAUAUACAGCGCAGCUGUUACGGGGAUUGGAAUUGUGAUAUGUUUGCUCAAUGGGGUGGGGAUGAUGGAGGCGACUCAAGCGGUUGAUGAGAUUCAGGCCGAGAAUCCUGGAAUCUUUGGGCCGAAUGGAGGAUAUUCGAGAGCGAUAUCCGUCUCCAGUAUUAGCUGGACAUCGGGAAUGUUUGUUGGGCCGAUCGUUGCGGGAUACGGUACGGAACAAAUCGGAUAUUAUGGAAUGAAUUGUGUGUUAGGUAUGGCCCCCUGCCUGAUUUCUUCAAGUUCGACGCUAAUGCAGACUUUCAUGCGGCCAGCGGGGAUGUGCGGACUUUGUUCUUUCACCGCCUUCUGGAAUUUAAAAUCGUCUGUGCCUCAACGGUCUUAA